GUGGCGGGCGCGACGGAGGGCACACAGUGUUCACAGCAAUCGCCACCAUCACACCAGCCAGCAGUGAAGUGACCCAAAGCAACAGUGAACACACUCUCACCAACCACCCACCAACAACUGCACCAACCACCAACCACCAAGACUUAGGCAGCGAGGCGUGACCCGUGCAGCGUGCAGCGUGCAGCGUGCAGCGUGUGUCUAGUGUUAGCACCACUUCAGUGCCGUGAACCAGUCUCCACUGGCUCUCCUAGCCGUCCUUGUCCCUUGUGACUCAAGGCGCGUCUCUCCCACAGCAUGUCAUCGUCAGCAGCGCGGCGCAGCCACAGCAUGGCGGUGCGCGGCGAGGGUCUGCGAGUGGCCGCCGUGCGUCGCAGCAACAGCGCGCGCAGCACGGGCAGCUGCUGCCUGCGGCGAAAGGGCAGCACGCGCAGCACCUCCAGCAGGACCAGCACCACCAGCGCCAACAACACCUGCGGCUACUGCCUCAACCGCAGUGGCGCCGCCGUCAGCCGCAAGACCUCCUCCGCCAGCUGCACGGGCGCCGCCCACCACCAGCAUCAGCAGCGGCGCCGCUCCUCAGGCGGCAGUGCGGCGGAGUGCAGGCGCCGCGUGGGGCAGCACCCACACCUGGCUCCGGAGGAGGGUGAGGUGCAGCAGGGCGCCGCGCGGCACCUCGUGGAGUUGAUCGGGCGCCGCGGAGUGGGUGAGGCGGCGGCAAAGCAGGUGGCGCGACAGAUGACCGCGGCGCUGCAGCACAUGCACGAGCGAGGCGUGGUGCACCGCGACGCCCUGCCAGACAACAUCCUGGUGGAGGGCCGCCGCCCUCUCCUGCUGCGCCUGGCCGGCCUCAACCUGGCAGCCGAGGAGGGCGCGCUGGUGCGCCGCGGGGACUGCCCUGAGGGAUGGCUGCCCCCGGAGGUGCUGACGCUGCUGCCCGCUGAGGGGUAUGCAGCGCACACCGCGCAAGAUGCGUGGCAGCUGGGCCUCCUGCUAGUGGUAUGCCUCACCGGGGCGCUGCCCUGGGCCGCCGCGGACACCACGGACCCGCACUACGCCGCCUGGGCUGCCUGGGCGCGCCGCGCCUCCACCAGGAUGCCGCCGCGCUUCAGGUCCUUCUCCCCGCGCUUCCUGCGCCUGCUGCGCCGCCUACUGCAGCCGCGCCCCGAGCUGCGCGCCGGAGUGAGCGAGGUGGACAAGUACCUACAAGACGCGUGGAUGGGCGGCGAGGAGACCAAAGGCGCCGCCUCGGGCAGGCUGCGGCGCCGCAUGAGUGGCCUGCUGGCCCGCGCCGGGGCCUCCCUCACCCGCCUGCUCGGCCCCGCGCCCCCUGAACCCCACGUCUCCGCCAAGGUGUGCUUCACCGACACCAUCACGCCUGCUUCCCGCCCUGACCUACUGCCCGCCCCCUGAAGCGUCCCAUUCACCUCCCGGAGUCCCGCCCCGGGGUGAUGACCGCCCCGGAGGACGUCCUGCCAGCCUGCAGGGACCCGCCCUGCACCUCAGGUCCGCGCCGCGUGCCGGCCAGACAGGGCGUGGCCGCGGCUCGGCGGCGUCGUGACCCUCGAAGAUGUCGGCGUUAUGGGGGCGACCCGCGUGAGGCGUCGCCGCCACCACCACCACCAUUACUUCACCAUCACCACCACCAUCACCACCACCAGAGUGUUGCCUGGCAUCGCCUCGCCUCCUCCCCCAUCAUGCCCCACCCAGCCCCAUGCCACCUGCCCGCGCCCCCUCCAGCCACACACAGGACAAAAACUGACAACUCAAAUGAACAAGGACAGAGGAGGGGACGACACACACACACACACACACACACACACACACACACACACACACACACACACACACACACAGCCAUCACCUUCAGCACACCUGCCCCUAUAAAGUAUAAGCCCCGUACACACACACACACACACACAGGCAGGCAGGCAGGCAGGCGGGCAGGCGGCGGGCAGUGUUUGUUGCCCCGGUGUCGUCACUGGCGCGUCCUUCCUUGCCGCCUUGAGCAUAAAUAAGAAUAAAGACAGAAUUAGGAUAACCUCGUGCUUCACUGCCCCCUCUGUUUGUUUGGUCUGGAGAGAGAGAGAGAGAGAGAGAGAGAGAGAGAGAGAGAGAGAGAGAGAGAGAGAGAGAGAGAGAGUAAAACAUUUAGCCAUUACUUUCACUGUUUGUUACAUUUAAAAGGUUAGGUUAGGUUAAGUUAAGGUUAGGGUAGGGUAGGGUAGGUUAGGGUAGGGUAGGCACCACUACUUUGCAAAGGCUGUAGUGUAAAGGCUUGCAGUGUUUCUGUUCCGGUGUACCUUCUGGAAACACUGAUGAGCUGCCAUGUACUCAAAUUAAUAAUAAAAAGAUGCUAUCGUAA